AUGGCCCCAGCUACCCCUAAAGCUUCUAAGACUACACACUUCAAAAAUGGUUCCACAUCGUCUCAAAAGAGAAUGAAGCAAUCGAGUUUACUCUCUUUUUUCUCUAAACAGGUACCUUCUGGUACACCCACAAAGAAGGACCGUAAACCUACUUCAGCAACUUCACAAAAGGCAGAUGCUAAUAAAAUAACGAAGAAUCCAGAAGGAGAAAAGGUGGGCAAGCUCUUUGUAGAUGUAGACGAAGAUAAUGACUUGACAAUGGCUGAAGAAACAUUGGCAACUGUAAAUAGUGAUACUAUACAUUCUGAAGAGCCCCAAUCUGAUACUAUGUUAAAUAGUAACACCACAGUAACCAAAAGUGCUGCUGCAGACGAGGAUUUAUCUUCUUCUUCGCAACCUCGAAGAAGCCACAAAAGGAGAGUUAAUUACGCCGAAAGUGAUGAGGAGGACCCAAAUACUACAUUCAUUGCUAAACGGAAGAAAGGUAAGGUAAUUGAUAGCGAAAGCGAUGAAGAUGAAUAUUUACCGGGUAAGAAUGAAGAGGAUGAAGAUGAUGAUGUCGCGGAGGAUAAAGAGGAUGUUAAAGAAGAAUUGGCAGAAGGUAGUUGCGAUGACGAUGACGAUUUGCUUUCUUUGGCGGAAACGACUUCAAAGAGAAAAUCCACAAGCACACCGCAUUCUUUAUCGCCUUUUACAAGAAAUACAUCCCGUAAUAACUCAAAGAAAAAAAACAGGCCAAUCCAGGUCCCAAGUAGAUCAUACACACCCUCCCACGGCCAACCAUCGGCGACUUCGAAGUCUAGCAAAUUCAAUAAACAAAAUGAAGAACGAUAUCAAUGGUUAGUGGAUGAACGAGAUGCCCAGCGCCGUUCCAAGAGUGAUCCAGAGUACGAUCCAAGAACAUUGUAUAUCCCGUCUUCUGCAUGGAACAAGUUUACUCCGUUUGAAAAACAAUAUUGGGAGAUUAAGUCCAAAAUGUGGGAUUGCAUUGUUUUCUUUAAAAAGGGUAAGUUCUUUGAAUUAUAUGAAAAGGAUGCAUUAUUGGCUAAUGCCUUAUUUGACUUGAAGAUUGCAGGUGGAGGACGCGCUAAUAUGCAACUGGCUGGAAUUCCAGAAAUGUCGUUUGAGUAUUGGGCCGCUCAAUUUAUUCAAAUGGGUUAUAAAGUUGCAAAGGUGGAUCAAAGAGAAUCAAUGUUGGCUAAAGAAAUGAGGGAAGGUUCUAAAGGUAUUGUUAAAAGAGAACUUCAGUGUAUAUUAACAUCAGGUACAUUAACUGAUGGUGAUAUGUUACAUUCGGAUCUGGCUACCUUUUGUCUUGCCAUUAGAGAAGAACCUGGUAACUACUACAAUCAAGCCCAGUUAGAUUCAUCAACUAUGGUUCAAAAGUUGAAUACGAAAAUAUUCGGUGCAGCGUUCAUUGAUACUGCAACUGGUGAGCUUCAAAUGUUAGAGUUUGAGGAUGACAGCGAGUGCACCAAACUAGACACAUUAAUGUCGCAAGUGAGACCUAUGGAAGUCGUUAUGGAGAGGAAUAACUUAAGCACAUUAGCUAAUAAAAUUGUAAAGUUCAAUUCAGCUCCCAAUGCAAUCUUCAAUGAGGUUAAAGCUGGUGAAGAAUUUUAUGACUUUGAUAAAACCUAUUCUGAAAUCAUAUCGUCUGAAUAUUUUUCCACGGAAGAAGACUGGCCAGAGGUCUUGAAAUCUUAUUACGAUAUGGGGAAAAAAGUCGGUUUUAGUGCAUUUGGUGGAUUAUUGUAUUAUUUAAAAUGGUUGAAAUUGGAUGAAAAUCUGAUUUCGAUGAAAAAUAUCAAAGAGUAUGAUUUUGUAAAAUCGCAACACUCCAUGGUUUUAGAUGGGAUCACUUUACAGAACUUGGAAAUAUUUUCCAAUUCGUUUGAUGGUUCUGAUAAGGGAACUCUGUUCAAAUUAUUUAACAGGGCCAUUACUCCAAUGGGUAAAAGAAUGAUGAAAAAGUGGUUAAUGCAUCCAUUAUUACGUAAGAAUGAUAUUGAAAACAGGCUUGAUAGCGUCGACUCCUUGUUACAAGAUAUUGCUUUAAGAGAAGAGCUUGAGAUGACAUUUUCAAAAUUACCUGAUUUGGAGAGAAUGUUGGCCCGCAUCCAUAGCAGAACAAUCAAAGUUAAAGAUUUUGAAAAGGUAAUUACCGCAUUUGAAACGAUUGUUCAGUUGCAAAAAACUUUGCAGAAUAAUGACUUAAAGGGAGAUGUUUCGAAAUACAUAUCAUCUUUCCCUAAGGAACUUGUGGAAGGUGUUCAAAACUGGACCAAUGCUUUCGAAAGACAAAAAGCAAUUAAUGAAAAUAUCAUUGUGCCCCAAAGGGGGUUUGAUAUUGAAUUUGAUAAAUCGAUGGAUAAAAUACAGGAGUUAGAAGACGAAUUGAUGGAAAUUCUGAUGAAUUAUAGGAAGCAAUUCAAAUGUUCCAAUAUCCAAUAUAAAGAUUCCGGAAAGGAAAUCUAUACUAUCGAAAUUCCUCUCUCUGCAACCAAAAAUGUCCCAUCGAAUUGGGUUCAAAUGGCUGCGAACAAAACAUACAAGAGAUACUACUCUGAUGAAGUAAGAGUUCUAGCAAGAUCGAUGGCGGAGGCUAAGGAAAUACACAAGACGCUAGAAGAAGAUCUAAAAAAUAGGUUGUGUCAAAAAUUUGAUGCGCAUUAUAAUACAAUUUGGAUGCCCACUAUACAGGCCAUCUCUAAUAUAGACUGUCUGUUGGCUAUUACAAGGACAUCCGAAUCUUUAGGUGCUCCUUCUUGUAGACCAACCAUUGUAGAUGAGGUCGACUCGAAAACAAAUGCUCAAUUAAAUGGUUUUUUGAAAUUUAAAUCAUUAAGACAUCCAUGCUUUAACCUCGGCGCUACUACAGCAAAGGAUUUCAUUCCUAAUGACAUUGAAUUAGGUAAAGAACAACCUAGGCUGGGAUUGUUAACAGGUGCUAACGCAGCUGGUAAAUCCACUGUAUUGAGGAUGGCAUGUAUCGCCGUAAUUAUGGCUCAAAUGGGAUGUUAUGUUCCUUGUGAAUCUGCUGUUUUGACACCAAUCGAUAGAAUCAUGACCCGUUUAGGCGCUAAUGAUAACAUUAUGCAAGGAAAAUCUACUUUUUUUGUGGAGUUAGCAGAAACAAAAAAAAUAUUAGAUAUGGCUACUAAUAGAUCAUUAUUAGUUGUUGACGAGUUGGGAAGAGGAGGUUCAUCAAGCGAUGGUUUUGCUAUUGCAGAAAGUGUGCUACAUCACGUUGCGACACACAUUCAAAGCUUAGGCUUUUUUGCGACACAUUAUGGAACAUUGGCAUCAAAUUUCAAGCACCAUCCUCAAGUAAGGCCACUCAAAAUGAGCAUUUUAGUAGAUGAAGCGACUAGGAACGUUACAUUUUUGUAUAAGAUGCUUGAAGGACAAAGCGAGGGUUCAUUUGGUAUGCAUGUUGCGUCAAUGUGUGGCAUUUCAAAGGAUAUUAUUGACAACGCACAGAUUGCCGCUGAUAAUUUAGAACAUACCUCCAGACUAGUCAAAGAACGUGAUUUGGCUGCGAAUAAUUUGGAUGGUGAAGUAGUUACUUUGCCUGAUGGCUUACAAAGUGAUUUCGUUCGGAUUGUGUACGGAGAUGGACUGCAGAAUACAAAAUUAGGUUCUGGUGAAGGCGUCUUGAACUAUGAUUGGAAUAUAAAGAGAAAUGUUUUAAAAAGUUUAUUUAGUAUGAUUGAUGAUUUACAUUCUUAA